AUUCAGUUAUCUCGUAUCGCUGUUCAUGUCAAAAUGCUUUACUUAGUUGCGCUCGGCGUUGCAGCUGUUCUGUGUUACAUUCUGCUGGCGCGAAGAAAUGCUCGCCUGUACCAGCUCCUCAGUGGACAGUUUCCUGGCCCAAGACCCUUUCCAAUUGUCGGCAACCUACUGCAGUUGGGCUUCACUCCAGACGCUUAUUUGAGAACGCUGCUGAAAUGGUUCAAGCAGUACAACUACAAAAACAUAUGCCUCUGGGCUGGGCCUUUGCCGUAUAUCAUGUUUGUGGAAAACAAUUAUGUGGAGUAUAUAUUGAGCAGCACUGCUCUGACCUACAAGUAUGAGCCGUACAACUUGCUCUAUCCGUGGCUGGGCAGUGGCCUGCUCACUGGCAAUGGCCCUCAGUGGGCGGUGCGGCGGAAGCUGAUUACGCCUUCAUUCCACUUCCGCAUCCUGAGGGACUUUCUGCACAUUAUGAACGAGACGAGCGGCCGUUUCAUGAAGCUGCUGGAGCAUGAGUCGGAGGCUGCACAGGGCGCUGCGUUCGAUGUGCAGGCGCUAGUCACUCGGAACACAAUUGAUGUCAUUUGUGAGACGGCAAUGGGCACUCGUGUGAACAGCAUUGAGGGACGACCAUCGCCGAUUGUGGGCGCCAUCGACAGCCUCUGUCACAUCAUCUCCGAGCGCGUCUUCUCGCUGUUUAAGCGCUCCGACAGCUUCUUCAAGUGCACCCGGCUAUACAAGCAACAGCAGCAGGCAUUGAUGACGCUGCGCACUGAGUUCGCUCAGAUCAUUGAGCAACGUCGCCGCCUGCUUCAAGCAGCCAGCUAUGAGGCCCCACAGCUGGACGAUGACCUGCUGGACACCAAACGACCCAAAAUGGCUUUCCUCGACAAUCUUCUGACUGCCGAGGUGGAUGGUAAGCCGCUGACAUUUGAGGAAAUAUUUGAGGAAGUCUCCACGUUCAUGUUCGAGGGCCAUGAUACAACUGCUUCGGCCAUCACUUUUGCCAUCUGGUGCCUGGCCUGGUCGCCCGAUGCGCAGCAUCGUGCCUAUGAGGAGCAGGCGCUUAUGUACGCCGCUGCAGAUGGGCGUGAGCGUGAUCCCACCUACCAGGAGCUGCAGGACAUGAAGUAUUUGGAUCUAGUCAUCAAGGAGACAUUACGCUUGUUUCCCAGUGUCCCGUUCAUCUUUCGCACAAUGCGCGAAGCAACAACAAUAUUGGACAAGCACCUGCCCAAGGACAUGACAAUUGGGCUGCCCAUUCUAGCCAUUGGCCACAGUCCGCACAGCUUUGAGGCGCCCUACGAGUUUCGCCCGGAACGCUUUGAGGCAGCUGAGCGAACAAAGGCGAAUGCCUUCGACAAUGUCCCCUUCAGUGCGGGCCCCAGAAAUUGCAUCGGUCAAAAGUUUGCUCUGCUGGAGCUGAAGGUGACGCUGUCGAAAUUGCUGCGGCGGUUCCGUAUUCUGCCCGCUCCCCUGGCCAAGCAGACCAUAGCGCAGGUCUUCGAUCAUACGUAUAUGCCGGGUCCGCAGGAAUUGAGGCUGCACUUGCCCAUCACACUGAAGUCGUUGAGCGGGGUUCCGGUUAGACUACAAAGACGAUAGGAGCUGAGGGCAAUGUGUGUCGGAAUUUAUUUAACUAUGGGCGUUGCGGCUGAGGGCUAAUUAUUGUUGGUCGGAAGAGCGCGU